GGGUCGUAUAAGCUGUAAUAUAACAUCGGAUUAUAUUGCAAUGAAAAGGUAUUAAAUAAAUAUGACAGAUAAAUUACACAGGCCUGUCAUUAUUUUCAGAAAUUACUGGAAUGAUAAUUAAGAAAAUAAAAACAAUUUUGCUAGCAGCUCACCAACAGUCAAGCUCAACUGAACACAGUCAUACAUAUAGAAUACAGACCAGCACAGCAAAGACAGAAGCCAAAGUAAAGCCCGUAGCGUAUGCCGCACAAUUGCAAAUUGCAAAUGCCUGUAAACGCUGCUCGUGCUCGUAGGCCCACGCUCACUCAUACAGGCUGUCGCUGUUAAUUUUUCUGCUCUUGCAAUUUCCUGGAGCCUUAUCACUGCAAUUCAUCACUUAACAAUAACUUGAACUAUUUAUUUAUCAAAAUGGGAAUUAUUCUGUCAAGAUUUCGUAAAAAGAAGACGACAAUAGAAAUUUUGGAGGACCUUGACUCCCAAAUAAAAAAAAUUGAACAGUAUGGUCAAACAACAGAACAGAGGCAUAAAAAAAUAGUUGGAACAUUAAUAAUAUACAGUGUGUUACUUUAUGUCGUAACGGCGGUACUGUUUUAUUUUUACUUCUUUCCCGCUUCACUUUACGAUCAACUUUUUUACAUCACUCCAUUAUUAAUUUUUCCAUUGCUGAUAAUAUUUACCAAAAAACUGGUGACGUGGUAUUACAAAAGAAAAAUCUCAAGGAAUCAAGAAAAAUUAGUAGACAUGCAGAAAGAGAAGAAGAAAAUUUUAGAUCAAGUCACUGAGACCGAGACUUAUAAGAAAGCUAAAGAAAUUUUGCUUAAAUUCGCUCCUGAUCAAUUGAGAAUGACACCUCUUUCACCUCAGCCGGUAUCAAAAACACCAAUGACAACCCCAGUACCAAGGCGCCUGAGUACACCACAGCCUCAGACACCGAUGCCUCAGCCAUCGAUGGCCACUCCAAUGCACCAGACGUCUGACGCAACUGAGCUGCGAAAGCGCGCGUUGGCAGCAACCAGCCCGCAAUUAAAUUCAUCAAUCGGUAGGCCUGUAAAUACUGGUCUUGUACCAGUUGGGUUAGCUUCUGCUAAUACUCCGCAGCAGACUCCAUAUUAUCAUCCGAGUGGUAGAUUGUUAAAUGCUUCGUUAAUCCGUCCUCGGUCACCGUUACCACGUCCGAUACUUCCGAAACAGAGAAGUUAUUUGGAUCGCUUGGUUGAAUAUUUGGUGGGUGAUGGUCCCUCUAAUCGGUACGCGCUGAUAUGUAGGCAGUGUGAUUCACAUAAUGGAAUGGCGCUCAAAGAAGAAUUUGAAUAUUUUGGGUUCCGUUGCUGUUACUGUCAAUACUGGAAUCCAGCACGGAAACAAAAGCCAUCAGCGCCAAAAUUAGAUGGUGAUAUUACAUCCCCGUUAUCAAUAACCGGCCGCCAAAGCGGCAAGUCAACAAACCACGAAGCGACGUCAUCUAGCUCGUCUGGCACUGACUCAGAUAUUGAAGUCGUUGAUAAGCCAGACACACCAGAAGCAGAAGCCAUUGAGUCUGAUAAAAUAAUUGAUCAGAAGUUACCCGACAAAGUUUUAAAUGAAGAAAAAAAAGUAAUUGAAGAAUCUGAAGAUAAAUCUGACCAAAUGGAGGUAGACGAAUCUCCACGUAAAUGAUAAUAAAUAAUUAUAAAUAUUAAUUGUAAAUUAAA